UGGGUGCGUUCAGGGACUGUCUGUGUGUGAGAGCCCGCGCGCGCGUGUGUGUGUGCGUCAGAUCGCCACCAUCAUCAUCACCACUACCACCAUCAUCACCAUCAUCACCAUCAUCAUCAUCAUCAUACCAAGCAGCACACUCGGAUCGAGCGCUACAAAUGUAUUGUGCUCAGCCACAACACAACAACACCACCACAAAGACAACAACAACAACAACACACACACACACACGCGCGCGCGUGCGCACACACACGCACGCGCAGGCGGUGCUGUUUGUUGCUGUCUGUCGCACUUGAGAAGCGGCCCUCCCCCCAGUUGCAAUCCCCACGGCACGGCUCUCAACACACGCGAGCCGCCGGGACAAUCAUCAACAACGCAGCCGUGGAGAGACAGGCGAGACAGGCGAGACAGACAGGAGAGAGAGAGAGAUGCCUUCUAAGUCGACUUUUAGCGAUGCCCCCUUUGUACAAUGUGGCACCAGCAGCCGAAACAACAGCACCAGCAGCACCAGCAGCAGCAGCAGCAGCAGCUCGGCAUGCAGCGAGGGAUCUGGCUCAGAGUCACCCCUAGUGUCCAUCAACUCCGUAGCUAGCACCGCCACCACCAUCACCACCACGGCCACCACCACCAUCACCACGGCCACCAAGAGGCUCGUUGUGGUCGCUUUGAGCCUCGUGCUGCUGCAGCUGCUCGCGACCGCCGGUUUCGUUGGCUACUUCACGCUGUCCCUGCAGAAGGUACAUGAGGAAUCCAUAACGAAGCUGCAGAAAUGUCUUUCGUUGACCUACACAGAUGACCUCUUGUGCCAAGAAUUCCUCUAUUACAUGGACACUCAUAUUGCAAAGAAAUCAAGAGAAAUGUCAAGCCAAAUCGGUGACCCGAUAGCAGCUUCGUCGUCGAAUCCUGCGUCCCCAUUGGGCGGUUUGGGUCACGCGGCCUCCAGGAAACGGCCAAUCGCUCACGUGACGGGCAAGCAACCACGGGAGGCCACUGCUACACAACUUCGUGAAGGCGAACACCUGCAGAGGCUGAUGGGCACUCAGAGCGGCAAGGUGCUGUACAGCUGGGAGGAGAAGCUGGGCUCGGUUCACGUGCAGCACAUGGACUUCACGGGCGCGACGCUCACGGCCCGGCUGCACGGCUCCUACUACGUCUACGCGCAGACCUACUUCCGCUUCAGCACGUGGCAAGUGGACACGCACAUGGGCCGUCACGGGGCCUCCGACCCUCCAUCCGAUUUGUCGGCCCGCCAGCGGCCGGUCCAGACGAUGGUGCUCUACCUAUACAAGCGCACCGACCACUACCCCAAGCCCCUGCUGCUCGCCAAAGCGGCACAGACCAAGUGCUGGUCGGCCUCCGCCCAGUAUGGCCUCCACUCUGUGCAACUGGGCGGCGUGUUCUCGCUGCGCCGAGGGGACCAGCUCUUCAUUGCUGUGUCCGACCCGACGCUCGUCGACUUCGACCCGGAGGCCAGCUUCUUCGGCUCCUUCUUCCUCGAGUGACGCAAAGCGACGGCGAGGAAGAAGAAGAGGUGGAGGCUGAGCCCACUGUGGUGGUGGUGGUGGUGGUCUCGUGGUCUGGUGGUUGGUGGUGGUUGGUGGUUGUGGUGGUUGUGGUGGUGAUGAGGUGGGAGGAGGGAGAGGAGACGGCACCUUGAGAAAUCUAAAAACCACCGCCCUCCCCGCCGCCCGCCGCCCGCCACUCGCAAGUUUCCCAACUUCUGGUAUGAGAGGCCCGGUGGUGUGGGGUAGAGUGGGGUGGGGUUGUGUGGGGUGGGAGUAGGAGGAGGAGAGGCGGUACCUUGACCAAGCGAAAACCGCCACACCAUCCCCUCCCCGCCUCCCAGCCAGGUUACCCAACUUGUGGUGGAAGAGGCCCUUCUGGGUGGGAUGGAGUGGGGUGUAAGGGACGAGGAGGAAGAGGCGGCACCUUGCGAAAUCCAAAAACCGCCACAGCCUCCUCUCCUCCCCGCCGCCCGCAGGUUUCCCAACUUGUGGUGGCAGAGGUCCUUCUGGGUGGAGGUGGAGUGGAGUGGAAGUGAGGCGGAGGAAGAAGCGGCACCUUGAGAAAACCAAAAACCGCCACACCCUGCCCUGCCCUGUCCUCCCUGCCGCCCGCAGGUUUCCCAACUUGUAGUGGUAGAGUCCCUUCUGGGUGCGGUGGGGUGGCGUGGAAGGGAGGCGGAGGACAAGGCGGCACCUUGAGGAAGCCACUAAUAUAUUCACAUUCACACAUCCUCCUCUCUCCUCGCAGCCGCCCACCAGGUUUCCCAACUUCUGUUGGAAGAGGCCCCGUCAUGCUCUGUUGCCAGUAGGCGUCGCCACCCCCUCCGCUGGCGAUCGAUCGAUCGACCAAUGGGGGCGGUGUCGCGAUCGAUCGAUCUGUCGAUGGUGGAGGGUGUCGCGAUCGAUCGAUGGG